GCUCCCUUUGCAGGCAUCAAGUGAAGCACGGCCAAACGGCACCGACCACGGAGUCAACCUAGUGUAUAGACAGUCAACGGAGGGGCCACAUCACGUGAUUCAUCAUCGAUCAUCAACGGACCGAUCUUCGAAGCGUGCCAUCCUACCAUCACGUCAUUGGGGCCAGUGGCUAGUUUUGUUUGUUUUUGUCACUCCGCUACGGGCCAUCCGAUACGGGCCCGGGUGUCAGACACGUUCAGCUUGACUAGUGAACCUCGCGUUCUCAACCUUCCCGCCUGGACAACCGGACAGCCGUUCCGGAACGGGUAAGAUGACUUCGUCGACGAGAGCGGUCACGCCGACCGUCACGGCGACGCUGCUGCUGUUGAUGCUGCUGCUACUGCAUCCCGGAACUGGCUUCAAUCUAUCGCCCGACCCGAACUAUGUAUUCCACGAACCGGCCCUGACGAUGUACAUGAAUAAGGUGCGCAGCUCCUACUUUGGCUACGCGAUCAACCUUCGAAAAAGUGGCGUGCUCGUUGGCGCUCCCCAGGCACAAUCCGACGUACCGGCUCAGCGGAAAGUUAACGAGACGGGUGCCGUGUACCGGUGCCGUUUCACCGAUAGCACCUGUGAACCGUACUACUUCGAUCGGCUGGGUAACACGCACCAGGAGCAGUCGGACUUUGCGUACAAUUCAGAGAAAAAGGAUCACCAAAUGCUGGGUGCCAGCAUGGACGGGCACGGAGCCGAUGGGGAUCGGUUCGUCGUUUGUGCACCGAAAAUGAUCAGCGAACUGACCGAGUACUAUCUGCUGCACGGCGUCUGCUACGUGUCAGACGGAACCGAGAGCGACGAACCCAAGGACAUGCGAAAGGUUGCGCCAUUACGUGCGAAAAAUAAACAAUUGCAUAAGGAUGCGGUGGGACAAUAUUACUACUACAUGUACGGCGAACAGGGUAUCAGCGUGCACAUAACGGACGACGGAGAGGAGAUUCUGAUCGGUGCACCGGGAGUCUUCAACUGGCGCGGCACUGUCAUACGCUAUCGGCGGCGCAUCACCGACGAUUCGGGUGGCCUAAGUCGGCGUGACUCUUCGAACGGAAAUCCACGCCCAACGAACCGCCACAAACGCCAGAUCGUCAGUUACGUCAGCGAUGUCCCGAAUCCAUACUUCAACCGCAUGCAGGAUGAUUCCUACUUUGGCUUUGCCGUGAGUUCGGGCCGCUUUCUUGGACCGGAUCAGAAACUGCUAUACGUGGCCAGUGCCCCCCAGUCGAACGAUCAAGUUGGCGAAGUGCUUAUCUUCGAUAUCGUGAACGCAGAUUCGGCAUUCGCCGAGGCACAGAUAAAGGUACACUUCACCAUCCCCGGGCAGCAGCAGGGCGAGUACUUUGGCUAUUCACUCCUAACGGAGGACUUCAAUGGGGACGGGUUUCCGGAUCUCGCCAUCGGUGCACCGAUGCACAGCCGAACGGGCGAUUAUGACACAGGCACAGUGUACGUCUAUUGGAUCAGCGAAGGUCAACUGAACUUUCGACAGCAGAUUGCGCUCACGGUGCCCUACGAGCAGAGUGGCCGCUUCGGCACCAGCCUAGCCAAGCUCGGUGAUAUCAAUAUGGACGGUUACAAUGACAUUGCCAUCGGUGCUCCGUUCGAGGGCGACGGAGUCGUGUACAUAUUCCUCGGUUCCGCCGAUGGUUUACAGUCGAAGGCGAGCCAGCGGUUGACGGCACCAGCCAAUGAGCUUCGCUGGCCCGGUAAGCCCAUGUUUGGGCAUGCCAUCUCCCGUGGAACCGACAUCGAUGGGAACGGCUUCCCGGAUCUAGCGAUCGGUGCUCCGAACAGCGAGUCGGUGUACGUGUACCGGACCUAUCCCGUACUGCGCAUCGAUGCCGAUGUGACCUCGUCGAAGCGUGAGCUCUCGAUCGAGGACACCACGUUCGAGCUGACCAUUUGCCUGACCGGUAGCUUCACUGCUGGCCUUUACAAACCGGUCGAGCUAAGCUAUAGCCUGAGCGCCGACGCUCAGAUGGGUCGUGUGACGCUUCUCGGUGGGUCAGGGAGCGCUAGUAGACGUAACGGUACCAUCAGCCUACGUGAGGACUCGGCCGAACAGUGUCAACAGAUCGAGGCUCGGCUGAAGGCGACCUCCGCCAGCAUCUAUCGACCGAUCAUUCUGGAGCUCAUGUACGAGCUACUGAACGCACCACCAACGAGCGAAACCGGUGGUGCACCCUUCUGUGAGGAUUGCGCUUUGCUCGAUCCAAACGAAUCAGCUCGGUUGGUACGGAAGGUAUCUUUCAAAACCGGAUGCCGGGGUGAGGUUUGCGUGUCCGAUCUGCAGCUAUCGGCUCGCUGGCUAGACAUUGACAGUGAGGGAGGAUACAUUCUGGGCAGCACGAAGAAGGCUUCCCUCGAGUUCACGGUUUACAAUGCCGGGGAGAAUGCGUACCUACCGCAACUGAAUGUAACACUCAUGCCAGCACGACUUACCCUAGCCAAGCUAACGUCCGAGUGUCGCCAGACGGUGACUGCCGAAGGUGUAAAUGUACUGUGUGAUCUCAACAGUGGACUUCCACUGAAGGCGUCCUACACCGCCAAGUACACGCUGGUGCUGGAUAUGACGAAGCUCGAGGGUGGUACCGUAUCUAUGGCAGAAAUACGUGCUGAAGCGCUCAGUACUAGCGAAGAAUUGGUACCGAUGGAUAACUUUUAUGAAACGACGCUGCCACUACGCGAGUUUAGUGAGAUCGAGAUUGUCGCGAAGUCCUCUGUGGCGGAUGUAUCGCUCGAGAAGCAGAAAGGCUUGCUGGAUAUAGAGUACGAGCUGAAUCUACUCAACAAUGGACCGAGUGUGUUCCGGAAUCUCGAGUUCACGCUGGACGUUCCGCUCGUUUACCACAAGCCGAGCUCCGGUGGCCAAACGUACAAGAUGAUCGACAUUAACGCGAUCGCCGUGAGUGCUUACUAUAGCUACAAAACGCUCGACUACACGUGGACCCAGAACGGCGUCGAUCUGCUGCCGAACCCGAUCGAACAUGGGUCGAUCGUUCCACAAGCGCCGACGGUCGAUGUGGAUAGUCUACAGCGGCAACCGCUUGAUUACGGCAUUCUCGCUGCUGAUACUGGCGCCCAAUGGGCUACUGAAAACGAUGGUGGGCAUGCGCACGAUACCAUGGCCGUCCGGCGGCGGCGUAGGAGACGUCGUGAUUUAAGCGGUCAGCCAAAUGAAGAACAGAUUGAGCAAGCGUCGUUCAACUUCAAUCGCUACACCAAUCGGUUGGUCGAACUACAGAGUACUCAACAGUCGAGUGCAGUAACGAACGUGAUCGAUAAGGUCUUGCUCGAACUGCCGGGUAACAGGACGCUUCUGUUCAGCUGCAUUGACGACGUUGACUCGUACGCCGAGUGUGCACGGUUGACACUCGCCGUCGAUCUCUUCCGUCCCGGUAAUGUACCGAUUGUGGUAAAGCUGAGCUUUCAGCUCGAUCUGGACGCGGUCGAGGGUGCCUUCCAUGAGCGUGAAGACAUCUUUGCGCUGCUCAUGAUGGCCAAUGUGCUGCAAAAGCAGGAUCCAGCGGGAACAGCGGAGCAAUCACGCUUUAAGCUAGCGCCCAACAAUCCAUACACCGUCGUAUACCGCUUCUCGGAUGCCAGCACACCGAUCUGGGUGUACAUUGUGUCAGCGAUCGCGGGGCUGCUCGUACUCGUCGUCAUCUCGUACGGGCUGUAUAAGCUUGGAUUCUUCGAGCGAACCAAGAAGGAGGAGAUGGAGAAGCACCAGCGCGAGAGCGUACGCCUUAAUGCACCAGCACCGUCCUCGAGUAGUGGUGGUCCUGCGGAAGUGGACGAGUGAGCCCGAGAUACGGUGGAUCCUCCCGUCCUGUCCCGUUUGAAUGGCAGCAGCAGGAUGGUAUUAGCAGCGCGUAUUCCUGCAUUUAUCGACACCAAACACCGUGACCCUUUCAUAGCGUCAUACGCCUAGCACUUAAGUACGGAAUCGUUUAUGUGGGUGUGGACAGCGGAUGUGCCGAAGACGCUACCUCAUGACGUUGUACGAGAUUGAGCACAUGUUCACGAAUCAUAAUGAUUCAGUUUGCACAUCAUCUGUCCCAAAUCAAGCAGUGGAACAAAUGGAAAUCAACAUGCUGUUGUUGGUACACGUAGACUUAACCAUAUGCUAGUCUAAAAGUAGUGCAUCUGUUUCUGUUGAGAUGCUAGUGCUAGGUAUUAACUACACAGCUAGGUUCAUUAUUUGCCAUUCACACCAUCGAGUCGUUCUCCUCUGGCUCUCCUUUAGUUUCGUUUUUUUUUUUCAUUUCACUUGUGGUAAACCAGUUGACCCAGAAGAGACUUAUCAUCAUCAUUUCAUCCAGCAUUAAGUUAUGUUAAGAUAUUGUGUUUGCAUCAAUUUGGAGACAAGUCGCGCCUGAAGGCAUUUUGAGACUAAUUAUUAGUAAUAAUAGAGACUUAUUAUUAAGAUUAUUAGCAAUAUUGUUUGUUAGUGUUGCAAAUUAGUGCUUAAUGCUGUGCUAGAGUAAACUAGGCAAAGGUUCAUUUUUAUAAGCAGUUAUUUUCAUAAUCAGUAAAAGAUUUUUCGUUUUGAAACGAAAGAAAUCGCUGGCUUUUGCGAAUCUGUUAAUUAAUCGCUCUGCGUGAACGAUGCGGUUCCGAGGUGCCGCUGGCUUGCAGAUGUUUUUUUACAUUUUAAUCUCGCCUGACAUGUCUGUCAAAGUUUCCAUAUUUAUUAGUGAAAUAGAUUCACGUAGGCCCCACUAAAGAGGUCAUUAA